AUGGUUGCCUUUGUUGGAGAUUUUGGCCUAGUUAGAUUUUUCCCAGAGCUUACCAUUCCUAAUCAAAGCAGUUUGAUUGGAAUAAGGGGAUCCAUUGGAUAUGUACCUCCAGAGUAUGGUCUUAGAAGUGAGAUGUCAACUUAUGGAGAUGUCUACAGUUAUGGGAUCCUAUUAUUGGAGAUAGUAACAGGGAAGAGACCCACUGAUAGCAUGUUUGAGGAAGGCCUUAAUCUUCAUAGCUUUGCUAGGAUGGCCUUGCCUGACCAUGUGAUGGAGAUUGCAGACCCGGUACUCCAAGAGAAUGACAAAGAAGAGGAAGGAGCAAUAGCAGCAGAUACUGCUGUUGCUGCCAGUACUUGGGAAUCAAUUCAAGUGAACAAUGGUGACAGAAUGGUGAAUGUCUAA